UUUUGUUAAAUGUUUUUAAGUAUCAUACGAUAUGAUACAAGUUACUCUUUAAAGCAAAGUCUGUGAUCAAUGUUGGCUAAUCUAAGUCUGCGAUCAGUGGUGGAUUUAGAAAAAGACAAGACUCUGUGCUUCUCGUCGACUAUGGGACAUAAAAUGAAAUGAAAUUACGAUGUUUGCCAUCCGCAGGGUCCACGAGCUGCUUGGCCUGAUCCGGGUAACAAAAUGGGUCAAAAUAUCUCGAGAUUUGGUCUUUCCAUUUUGAAAUUGUUGUCCAGUCAUUUAAUUCUCGUAGGCAAAUGACUAGUUUACCCUUGACUCCUCCUUUUCUACUUUUGUUUCGUCUCCUUUUCUCACCUCGUUUCGUUGUUGUUUAGGCUUAAUAGAUCUGUAGUUUUAACGCGACAGCCCUUAUAAAGUUCUCUGGAUCGAGUCGAAUCGAGGAUCUAAGGGAUUUGAAAAGAUGUCGCAACAACAGUCGUUGAUCUACAGUUUCGUGGCUCGCGGGACGGUGAUCCUCGUGGAGUUCACAGAUUUCAAAGGCAACUUCACGUCAAUCGCUGCUCAGUGCCUCCAGAAGCUCCCGUCUUCCAACAACAAGUUCACCUACAACUGCGACGGUCACACCUUCAACUACCUCGUCGAAGAUGGAUUCACCUAUUGUGUUGUUGCGGUUGAAUCUGCUGGGAGGCAGAUUCCGAUGGCGUUUUUGGAAAGAGUGAAGGAGGAUUUUAACAAGAGAUAUGGUGGGGGAAAGGCUGCUACUGCUCAGGCUAACAGCUUGAAUAAAGAGUUCGGGUCUAAGCUGAAAGAGCACAUGCAGUAUUGUAUGGAUCAUCCUGAUGAGAUUAGCAAGCUUGCUAAGGUGAAGGCUCAAGUGUCUGAAGUUAAGGGUGUUAUGAUGGAAAACAUCGAGAAGGUUCUUGACCGUGGUGAGAAAAUUGAGCUUCUGGUGGACAAAACCGAGAACCUUCGCUCACAGGCACAAGACUUCAGAACAACGGGGACGCAGAUGAGAAGGAAGAUGUGGCUUCAGAACAUGAAGAUAAAACUCAUAGUUCUCGCCAUCAUCAUCGCUCUGAUUCUCAUAAUCGUGCUCUCAGUUUGCCAUGGCUUCAAGUGUUGAAAUUCAAAACUCUCUUGAGAUCUUUCUCACUCGGUACAUGAUCGUACUGCCUUUUCCCCUUUAUUGUCCUGUCAUCAUCAUCCUUCUGCUUGAAUUGGUUUUUGUAUAGAUAGACAUAUAUAUAUGUAAGCUUUCACGUUUGCUAUAUUGCUUGCACCUAGAUGACGUUGAUCCCUUAAGAGAGAUCUAAAACUAUUAAAAUGAUUUUGUGGACUGAUGACUGCUUGUGGUGUAGAUGAUAAUAAAAUGAUUACUAUAAA